AGGGGGGAAGCUGAGGGAGCGCCCCAAAGCACUUUCCAACUAGGACGUCCCGCCUGCCUCCCGGCCUUAGCGAUUCUUCCUGUUUGGCAGAAGGGAACAUUGAGGCCGAGGGGAAUUGACUCGGCCAGGGGCUACUGGGCGGGCGGGGCUCCCCAGAACCAGGCCUCGAAGGAAGGCGUGGUUUUAGCUUCCGGACGGCCGAUUGUGCUGCCUCUCGGGGACGUGGCCUGCUGGGCGCGGGGAGGCGGGAGACCGGCUUUUCUCCUGGGGGUAAUAGGGAACCACGGGAGCCCGAGAAGGGGAGGGAGCGCAGUACACAGCAGACGCCGGGGAUCCCAACAACCCGCCACCACUCACAGCCCAUCUCUCUGGGAGCCACUUCCUGGCUGGGUGACCCUGGAUACGUCACCUGACCCUCUCCCUAGGGGCGGGGCCGCCCGGGCCGGCCUCCCCAGAGAAGGCAGAGCCGGCACCAAUGGAGGAGCUGCUCUGGCUUCGCGGAGCCCCAGGCCGGCCGGAGGAUCCCCCCUCCUCUGGGGGCGGGGGGAGGGGCAGGUCCGCCUGGAGCCUGCCCCUCCCCUCUCUGGGCCCGGGGGAGGGCGGAGCCGCACCUGCCGCCGCCGCUACCGCGCCGCCGCCUCUGCUGCGCACCUGUCCAGGUGAGGAGGGAGUGAACUGCCCGCCCCGGGAAGAGGGAGCCGGGAGAGCCAUGAGACGGACUUCGGGAGUCAGGGUCUGACUGGCCGCCUUCCUUCCCCGGGCAGAGCCGGCAGCCAUGGCAGAUCUCUGCACGGCGGCCCCCACCGCCCUCAGCCCUGGGCAGGAUCAGGUUCUGGCGCCAGCCCUGGGCAGCUCCGUCACGCUGAACUGCACGUUCUCGGUGGCCUUCGAGGCCCGCUGCCCCCCCACCGUCCAGUGGCUGAAGGACGGCCACCUGCUGGGGAACCACAGCCUCUAUGACAUCCGGGAGGUCUUCUGGGGCGGAGCCAACGCGUCCCAAGGCUUCGUGUCCAGCGUCCUGGAGGCCAACUUGACGAGCGCCCAGGACUAUGGCGCCUUGAGCUGCUCCCUGCGCAAUCUCAGCGCCACCUUCACGCUGCAGAAGACAGACCCUGCAGGCCACAUCCUGGCUGUUCUGGCCUCCCUGCUGGUCCUGCUCGUCUUGCUGCUGGCUGCUCUGCUCUACGUGAGAUGUCGCCUCCGGGUGCUGCUCUGGUACCGAGACAAGUAUGGGGACGUGGAGAUGAACGACGGGAAGCUCUACGACGCCUACAUCUCUUACACCUGCUCUCCCGAGGACAGGAAGUUUGUGAACUUCAUCCUGAAACCUCAGCUGGAGAAUCGCCAUGGCUACAAGCUCCUCCUUGACGACAGAGAUGUCCUCCCCAACUCGGAACCCUCCGCGGAUCUGAUCAUGAAUCUUAGCCGCUGCCGGCGCCUCAUCGUGGUUCUCUCAGACACCUUCCUGGCCCAGGCCUGGUGCCGACACACCUUCAGGGAAGGCCUGUGGAGACUCCUCGAGCUGUCCCGAAAGCCCAUCUUCAUCGCCUUCGAGGGCCAGAGCCGGAGCCCCUCCCACCCUGCUCUCCGCCUGCUUCGGCAGCACCGACACCUCGUGACCCUGCUGCUGUGGAGGCCGGGCUCUGUGACGCCCUCCUCUGACUUUUGGAAGGAGCUGCGCCUGGCCCUGCCACGCAAGGUGCACUACAGGGCCCUGAGGGGCGAUCCGCAGACCCAGCUGCAGGAGGACAAGGACCCUAUGCUGACCCUCCACGGCGGCUUCCUGGAGGGCAGGCCCGGCCCCGACCCGGACCCCGACCCCGAGGGAGACCUGGGUGAGAGCCCCUGCUGGGCCCUUUGGACGGGAGGAGUCUCUUCCGCGCCAGGUCUUGGUGCACCCGAUGUCGCGGGCGCGAGUGCGCGGUCGCCCUGGCCCACCUGGCCGGGGAGGCCCUCCAAGGCAGGAAGCAGGCCCUGGCCCAGCCUGCUGCCGGGCCUCCUCUCUCCCGGCCCGGGCCGGCUUGUCUCCUUGACCUCGCCUCUCCACAGGUGUCAGGGGGCCCAUCUUUAAAGACGUCCCCCCGCCACGCCUGAACCCAGGCCCCCAGCUGCCGGGCCUCCCGGCUCCUCGUGGGGAAUCGCAGCGGAAUGAACUCGAUGUCUCUGACCUGGGCUCUCGCAACUAUGGCGCCCGGACUGACUUCUACUGCCUGGUAACUGAAGACGACGUGUAGGCCGCCCAGGACUUCCCAGGACCUCCUCCCUCCCAAGCACGCUGCUGCCUCCGUUUCUUGUGCUGUAGAAUGAGAUUGGCCUUCCAGCUUGAAAUCGGGAAUCCCCCAGGUUCCGUGCCUGGGCGUGGGGCCACCGAGAACCACAGGAUGGUUCGGUCUGGGGUCCUCGAACCCAGGACUCCCUCCUGUUCCUGUUUUCUCACAAUAAAGUGAACGUUCCCCUCUUUGGACUUGA